ACGACGAUGUGGCGUUCGCGCGCUCGUGCUCUCCUCCUCCUCCGCUCUUCCACGCCGAAAUCUCCCCCGCAGCCAAAUCCACUUCGAACCUUGACCCGAGCGCCACCGCCACGCCUUCUCUCCCGUUUCCUCUCCUCCUCCCCUGAGGCCCUCCCAGACGCCUCCUUCGCCUCCUCCUCCUCCUCCUCCUCGGAGACCCUCCCGGACGCCUACCCAUCCUCCUCUUCCGACGCCACAUCCGCGUCGGUCGAUCCCACCGAGGACGGCGAGGAGAACCUGGCCGCGCUCUGGGAGGAGGAUGCGGACGACGCCGACGACAUCUUCGUCUCCACCGCCUCCUCCGACACCGCCGACGCCGAAGCCAGCGACGAGGAGGUCGCGCGCGUCCGCGCCGUCGUGGAGUCCACCCCGGAGGACCAGAUCCCCUCCGCCAUUGCCGACAUGGUCGUUGACUUCACCGAGCCGCUCCUAGCCGCCGUCCUCCUCUCCGCCGAGAACUGCUCUGGUAAAAAGCUACUCCUCUUAUUCAAGUCCGCUGGGAAGAACAACCCCGACGUCAAGAGCCUCGCCAAUCUUGAAAUCAUCGCUACCAAGCUCGCUGAUUCCAGUGAGAUCGACAAGAUGGAUGCGUACUUGCUCUGGGAUAUGGUUAAGGAAAUGGGCAGUGUGCCAGGAUCAGUGAACACCCAGCUUCUGAACAGAGUGAUAUCAAUGUUCUGGAAGCUUGAGAAGUCCAAGGCGGCGCUAGAGGUGCUUGACAAGUUCAGUGAGUUUGGCUGUACCCCGGAUGGUGACAGCUAUUAUCUGGUUAUCCAAGCAGCCGGGAAGAAGGCCAUGGUUGGUGCUGCAUGGGGUGUGUGCGAGAAGAUGGUUGGCUCUGGGUGCUUCCCUGAUGGGAAGAAGACAGGUGAGAUCGUGACCUUCUUUUGCAAAGGGAAGAAGGUCAUGGAGGCACAUUCAGUCUACCUCGCGGCGAAGGAGAAGAAGGUCCAGAUUCCAACAUCAGCCUUGGAUUUCCUUGUUGGUGCUUUGGCGAGGGAUGAUGAGACCAUCAGUACGGCUGUGGAGCUGCUGGAGGAAUACAAAGGGAAGUCUCUCAAGCAUGCAGGCAAGUCCUUCGCUGCAGUUAUACAUGGUUUGUGUAGGAUGAAAAAUGUGAAGGAUGCAAAGAAAUUGUUGAUGAGGAUGGUGAAUCUUGGCCCAGCUCCUGGAAGUGCAGUGUUCAACUUUGUUAUCACGGGGUUGUCUAAAGAGGGGGAAAUGGAGGAAGCAAAGGGUUUGAUAAGAGUGAUGGAGAGCCGAGGGCUGCGCCCUGAUAUCUAUACGUACAGUGUGAUCAUGAGUGGCUACACUAAAGGAGGCAUGAUUGAUGAAGCCCAUUCUCUACUCCGCGAAGCCAAGAAGAUCCACCCAAAACUAAGCAGGGUUGCGUAUCACAUACUAAUUCGUGGUUACUGCAAGAUGGAGGAGUUCGAGAAGGCCCUGGAAUGCCUUAAGGAGAUGAAGGAAGAUGGAUUACUGCCAAAUAUGGAUGAGUAUAACAAACUUAUCCAGUCAUUGUGUCUCAAAGCUAUGGAUUGGAGAACAGCUGAGAAGCUCCUGGAGGAAAUGGAGGGUAGUGGAUUACGCCUUAAGGGCAUUACACGGAGCCUCAUAGUAGCAGUAAAGGAAUUAGAAAUGGAAGAAGCGUCAAAAGACAGCCAAGAAGCAUAGUUUCUUUAGGAUACGCUUGAAGUGACAAAGACACUAAUCAGUUUUGGCUCAUUGCCCCUUUUUGCUCUCUGCAUCUCUGUUGUGGCUCUUUUGUAUUGCUCCAUCAUCAACUACCUGAGGACUCUCUCUCACAAGGUUGCUGGGAUGCCUGCACUACCUGUGAUUGCUUCUGGGUUAUGUACUUAUGUUUAGAAUGGGGGGCGGUGAGGGAAUGUUUGGUUCAUGCCCUGUUUAGCCCUACCAAAUGUUGGCAACCAAAUUUUUUGGCAACGUACCAAAUCGUAGAGCAAA